AUGUCCGGCACACAGAAAGGCGUGGUGUACGUGCGAUCGCGCGAGAGUUGCAAGGCGUUGGCGGUUAAGCUCGGGUGUGAUUAUUAUCACAGUGGCAUCGCGGACGAGAGUGAACGUCAGGCGACACUACAGCGAUGGGCAACGGGCGCGGGAGAGAACCGAUGGAUCGUGGCGACAACGGGUUUAGGCACGGGAGUGGACAUUCCCGGGAUCGUGGCGGUGGUGCACAUGGAGCAGCCGUACGGGUUGGUGGAUUUCGUGCAGCAGACAGGUCGGGGUGGGCGGCAGGCGGGUGAGGUGGUGGAAUCCGUGGUGGUGAUCGAUCAGCGGAAGGCGUGGAUCGGUGAACAUCGUAGUGAUGUGGAACAUUUGAAUCAUCAGGCGAUGGAAUGGUUUGUGGAGAGCGCGGGUUGUCGACGCGUAGUGCUGGGGAUGUUCAUGGACGUCGGGCUGAGAGAGGCGGGCAUGGACUGUGAACAGCUACAGGCCGAGUUGUGUGACCGAUGUCGAGUUCAGCAUGCGAGGCAGGAGGAGGAGGCGACGAGGGACGCUGCCGAGGAAGACAAUAACCGAGUAGAAGGGGUGGAAGAUGAAGAGACCGAUCACGAGGACGAAGAGGGCACCGCUGAAGAGGAAGAUGGAGAGGAGGACGAGGAUGAGAGUGGGCGCGAGGGGGAGGGGGAGAGUGACUCAACGUUAAGCGAUGAACCGCCGAUGUCACAUUCAAAUCGAUUUCGUGAGUACAUUCAAGAGAAGCACACACGCUUAAAGGAGUGGAGGCGGUGGUUGAUGGAGGUUGGUAGCAAUCAUUGUCCCGUAUGUUAUAUGCAGUGGGUACGAGAUGGACGGACGGCCGCAUGGUAUGUCAAGAUCAUACAUAACAUUCGAGCAUGUCCGCGCGUUGACUUCGAGAAAUUGCGAGUGUGGCGAAAGGGGUUGGAUUUCGGCGAGUACGAUUGCUGCUGGGAAUGUGCGUUGCCGCAGAGCAUGUGUCGCGGCAUACAGGACCGGGAGAACGGGUCGCAAGGGUGGAGUCAGCUCGGGUGUGAGUGGGGAGAUCAGGUGGUGCCGUUGUUAUAUUGGAUUCAGGGGGACGCGACAUGGCGAGACAAGGCUCGUUCCGUGUUUGGCUUCACUGGCAUGCACGCGGAUGACAAUGACUGGCAUAAGCAGCAACAGUAUCGGCGGUGGUUAGGGCGAGCAAGGCGUAUGUACGAUGAGGACAUGACGAAUGCGAUUGCGGUAUGGGAUAUGGUGAUUCGCGAGGUACAGCGGUAG